AUGAAUUGUACCAAGUUAAUAAACCAUUUUAUACAGGCCGCUACUGCCUACGUCAGCGACGAGGAUGCCAUACGGGAAUUGGAAGAUUUCAUUGCAUCGCAGCAAUCAGAACCAGCAUAUCAGCGUUCGACACGCCACUACGUUCCGCCAACUGUUGAGGGAAAUUGCUGCAGUGAUAUUCUGCAAGCAGCUGAUGCAGUCGGAGAAAGUACAGGACUGCCCAUGACGGAUCCAUACAGCUAC